UGCGAGCUUUCUGAGGAGUGGUCCAUCUUGCCCGCCGUUCUAUCUUUGCUGUGGACGCUCGGCGGUAAACAUGGCGCUGUUCAGGAUUGUUGGUUCUAUGUUCCGUGUGAGUUGGACCUUGAGAGGUUCUGCUGCUCUCAUCCCGAAUAGAAGCCUUUUGAGCUCACUGGCUGCAGGAGGAGCAACAGGAGGAGGAGGAGGAGCAGCAGGAAGAGGCGCUCUUUUGGCAGCAGUAGGCUUCGCUCUGUUCAGCAGCUCUGAUGAAGACCAUCAAGAUGAAGGUCAGAAGAACGAGGACAAGAUCAUCCUGCUGCUGAAGAAGGCCAAGCUGAGUGUGUAUGGUGGCGAGCUUCAAGCGGCUUCCGCUUUCCUCCGCCAGGCCGUCGAUCUAGCUCAAAGGACCAACCACAACCAGGCACUGAUCUACACCUACAACCUGAUGGCAAACUUGGCGUUCCUGCAGGGUGACCUGGACAGUGCUGAGAAACUCUUCAAAGAAACAGUUGGACUCAUGUUGUCUGCUGGAACACCACAGGAUGAUAACGCCAUCGUCAGCAUGUCACUUAAACUGGCCGCAAUCUAUGCCGAGCAGAACAAGCUGGAGCAAGCUGAACACUUAUUCAAUCACUGUGCAGAGUCUCUGGAAGCAAAACUGUUGAAGGAGCAGCAGAAGGUACCACCAGAGGAACAGCAGGAUGAGCAGACAGAGUUGGAGCAGACUUUGUGGAAAGACACCCGCCUGCUGCUUGGUAUGUGUUUGGAGUCACGAGCUCGAUACCGAGCAUCUAAAGGAAACCUGGGAGAUGCUGAACAUGACCUUGGGAGAGCUCUGAGCAUCUGCCGCCAGGUGAAAGGUGAAGCAGACCCUCAGACUCUGGUCCUGAUGAAUGACUUGGCUACUUUCCUCGACCUGCACCGUCGCCACGACGAGGCCCUGACCAUCUUUCUGCAGGCUGUGGAUCUGGGCCGUGCCAGCAGCUACUCAGACCUGCAUGUACUGCUGGGAAAUACAGCUGCCCUCCUGCUGCACACAGGCCAGCUGGAGGAGUCAGUGCGGUUCUACAAGGAGGCUCUGGUUCUGUCUCGGAAGUCCAAGGAUCAGACAGCUGUGGCCCACUUUGAGGAUGGACUGAAGGAAGUGAUGAAGAGGAGGAGCCAGCAGAACAAGGAGGAGGCUACUAAUGACUGAGGGGUGGGUUAGGGGAUUCUGGCUGCUGCAUGUGGGUUUGAUUGGUAUUUGCUCCGAGCUGAGGAGGCAGCUGACUUUUCACUCCAGAAGAAGCUUCUCCUAAUUUAUUUUGUUCAUAAAUUUUGUGUUAUUGAUUUCAGUGAAACAAAGCUUUGAUCAGUGGUGUUCAAACUAUUCCAGAAAGGGCCAAGAGGGUGAAGGUUUUCUUUGCAGCCACUGAGUCCAGCAGGUGAUUUCACUGAUUAACAUCACUUGGAGCAGGUGGGAUGAGUUCAUCAGUGAAAUCACCUGCUGGAGUCAGUGGCUGCAAAGAAAACCUGCACCCUCUCGGCCCUUUCUGGAAUAGUUUGGAGACCACUGGCUUUGAUUGUAAAGUAAGACUUCAGUUCAACUCUGAGAGAUUAAUUAUAAUCCUACAAUAAUAAUUUAUUUUAUUGUCAUUGUACAUACAACAAAAUUUGUCCUCUGCAGCCAGUACAGUCUGAGUUCCGGUCCCAAGACCAGAUAAAUGAUGAGGGUCCGGCAUAAAAUAAGUCAAAAUAAAGAUGCAGAGUACAGAUCAAAUUUCCAUACCAGAUUUAUUUGAGGCCCGGUGUCACAAUCUGAUUGGUCCCCCUAAAAAUCGGUCUGCCUGCCUUCACUAUGCCUGCGUCAUUUCUGAGCGUUAGCAGCAAUUUACAGAUUAUGACCCCGUUUCUGCUUCACACUGCCUACAGUCAUCAUCUGUCUCAGUGACAGAUAUCUGAAGCUUCCCAGACAGC